CUGAGCGGACUGUCUGCUGUCAUCUUGAACAACAGCACCCCGAGUCAGGGAGGGUGGAUAUUUUCUGUCAUCCCCGCAGUCUCUAGAGAGCUGAUCGUAUCAGACAAUGGGGAACAGAGACGACGAAUAUGACUUCUUGUUCAAAGUCGUACUAAUAGGAGAUUCUGGAGUGGGGAAGAGUAAUCUGCUGUCCCGCUUCACAAGAAAUGAGUUCAACCUGGAGAGCAAGAGCACCAUUGGGGUGGAGUUCGCCACCCGCAGCAUCCAGGUGGACGGCAAGACGAUAAAGGCUCAAAUCUGGGACACAGCUGGACAGGAACGCUACAGAGCAAUCACCUCAGCGUAUUACCGGGGUGCAGUCGGAGCUCUCCUGGUUUACGACAUUGCCAAACAUCUGACAUAUGAGAACGUGGAGCGCUGGCUGAAAGAGCUGAGGGACCACGCUGACAACAACAUCGUCAUCAUGCUGGUUGGAAACAAAAGUGACCUCCGCCACCUCAGGGCAGUGCCCACUGAUGAGGCCCGAGCUUUUGCAGAAAAGAACACUCUGUCAUUUAUUGAGACCUCAGCGCUGGACUCCACAAAUGUAGAAGAAGCCUUCAAGAAUAUUUUAACAGAAAUCUACCGUAUCGUGUCACAGAAGCAGAUAGCGGACAGAUCUGCACAUGACGAAUCUCCAGGCAACAACGUAGUGGACAUAAGUGUCCCACCAACCACUGACGGGCAGAAAGGCAACAAACUUCAGUGCUGCCAGAGCCUGUGACACUCAAUCUCAUGACACUCUCUUCCUCCAAAUCCACCUUGACAUUUCAUCACCUGUGCACUUUUUGUUCCUGUUUCUCUGCUCACGGCCAAAGCCCUUCUCACUCUACCCAUUUCUUUUUCUUUCUCUCAUUGUUUUCUAUAGUACUUUGAACCCACUUGUGCUCUUCUCUUCUGCCAUGAAAGAAAACUUUAAGAAGCCUUUUUGUCACUUGAUCAGUCGAGUUGUUCAUGGAGUCAAUGUGAAGGUUUCUGCAAUGCAGGAACGAGGCAGUUGCCGCUGUCUUAACGAAGCUUGUGAAGUUGUUUGAACUCUACUGAAACGCUGUCAUAUACUGGGAGGCUGUGAAGCAUUUCAAUGAAAACCACUAGAUGGUGCUGUGUACAUAAACUAGAGGCAGUUACUCCAACCUGGUGAAGCAGUAUUAAGCGUUUGACAGUGCAGUUCUGGUUUUCUUCUUACAUCAAUUAACUUAUCAUGCCAAAAAAUAUCCUCAUGAUGUAUUUAUUGAAGAAUACUUGGCUUAAGUUGUCAUUGUUUUACUUUCAACUGAAGGACUGUAUAAAUUUACAAUAAAACUCUAGACAAAACUAA